AUGAGCAGAAGCGGAAAGUCCAUUGAAACACAGAGAGAGCUGCGGGAGCAUCCUUUUUUCCGCUGGAUAGACUGGGACAGACUGGAGAGACUGGAGAUACAGCCUCCUUUCAAGCCCAGAAGUGGGGGCAAAAAAGGAGAGAACUUUGAUAAGUUUUUCACAUCCACCUCGUCCACCCUCACACCUUCUGACCCUGAUGUUCUUGCCGCAAUAAAUCAAGAGGAAUUCCAAGACUUCACCUUCAUGAAUUCAGAGUUUCCCCCUUCACCCCUCACCGCUGUCUGAGAAAACCUCACUCAGUUCACACAUGCCGAUUUCAGACUCUUGUAAUGUUCUUCAUUAAAAAAAAUGUGUAAUUUGGCUUCAGCUUGCUUAAAGUUAGACCAUCCGUUACAUUCUAAAACUACACACACUGAUUUUAAAGUGCCCCUAUUAUGCUUUUUUUUUAAGUUCUAAAUUUUUGUUUUGGAGGUCUCGUGCAAUAUAUUUACAUUAUGGGAGUGGAUUUUAAAAAUUGUCAAUAUGUGUGUACAGAACACAACUCGGUCUCAGAAAUUCUGGCAUCUGGCAUGCUUGGAAUUCUCUGUGUUUGACAAAUGUAACAUUCAGCAACCAAAUACUUAUGUUUGCCAAUUUUAACUAAGCUACUGUCAACAGAGGAGUUGUUUUGUUUAUGUUUAGAGGGCUGCUUCACUCUUGUAGAGUUGCCAUCCAUUAUACAUGAUGCAUAUCAGGAG